AUGGCUAGCCAAGUUCCCGAUCUCGAGUCCUGGGCUCAGUCCCACAUUGCAGCCUUGUGGGAGUCAACGGAAGAGGAUGCAUUUCACGGGGCUUUCGACUCCUGUUUUGCGUCAAACGCAGAGACUCUAAUCAACCACGAGAUUGUAUCGCUAGACAAGGCCAAGAGUGAUCUGUUGAGCACAAGGUUCGCAGCUCAAAGCGCAAAAGUGGAAUGGCAGGAUAUCUCGUCGCUGCCAAAGGAAGGCGAUGAUAAGGUGGGCAUAGUAGCCGGGUUCUUUAACGUCACGCGCAAGAUGAAGCUGCGUAUCCGAGCGGCACCUGCACAACGACACACUCAAGUCACGUUCAGUGCUAAGAUCGAUCACGACUCCUCCGUGGCAGGGGACUCGGGCGAUAACCGACGUAUCAUCCAUCUGUGGCAGACCAGAGUCGAUAAAGCUGCACCGAUCAACCUCGCCAGACCUCACCCUCCCGCAACCGAUUGAUAAAAUGGCUUGACAGAGAGACAAUGGAGGACUAGAAUCAGCGACUAUGUACGAAUACUGGAGGAACCGCAUGCGCAGCAAAUACAUCUUUCCGGCUUCCUGUUGCGAUG